GCAUACAGACACCACCCGCCCACCGCACCGCCGGCUCCACCAAGACAGCCCUGAGGGACAGAGAUAUACAGCCAAAGAUGGAUCCUUGCUCCAGCCCCGACCAGGGAUGCCACAGCCGAACAGUACCCGCAUGUACAAGGCCCAACACCGGCAGCAGCUUCAUCGGAUGGCGAAGGGGAUCACAGCUGCACCUCCCGCAUACCAGAGGCUCCCGCUGAAAGCCGGA